AUGGCGGCGACGGCUGCGGCGUACAGCUGCUCGGCGGCGGCGGCGGCGCUGCCGUUCCCGGGGAGCCCCUUCGCCCGUCGCUCGCCCCCGUCCCGCGUUCACCUCGCCUCCUCCAAUCCCAAGCUCGGGAAGCCCGUUCCCAGCAGCCUGAGAGCUUCAUAUCGUCGAAGGCGACCGCAUGUCCGCGCGUGCUCCAGCGAGGUUGAUCCGGACGCCUCGGCAGCGUCACCGGCAGAAGCUAGUUUUGAUAUAAAGCUUCCUAGAAGAAGCUUGCUUGUUCAGUUUACAUGUACUAAAUGUGAUGCAAGGACAGAGCGUUUGAUAAACAGGGUGGCCUAUGAAAGAGGAACCGUGUUUCUUCAGUGCGCUGGGUGCCAGGUGUAUCACAAGUUUGUUGACAAUCUUGGCCUAAUUGUCGAGUAUGACCUACGAGAAGAAAAUGGGGUGAACACUUGUGCUGAAGACUGA